AUGGCUCUUGGACCAAUAACUUCAUCUCCGAGGGGUGUACUCACACUCAGCAGAAUCGAUACCAACGGCUCCAGUUCAGACCAGGCUGUCCGGGACGUUUGCAAUGCUGUAACAAUUGAUGAUGCUGCACUAGCUGCUUCUGCUAUGGCUUCUUUAUCUGAUAUGACUGCGUCUGAAGUUUCAUCCGGUAUGGCACACUCCCCGUUGAUUACUUGUUUUCCUCAUUUGAAAACGCUGCCAACACUUGAUAUGAUCAACUCUUCAUCCAGCGGCCCCGGGUUGGGCAUCGCAUCUACUCUCAUAGGACGACAAAGAAGCAACGAUUGUCUGGAUCGCAAUUCGAAUCCAACUACUCCUCAUUUCCAUCAUCAGCUCAGUCAGCCAAACCAACAACAGUCACAGCAGCAAAUCAACCAAACUAUGACCCAUAACCUACCUCCUUUUAAUAAUCUUUAUCACUCCCACUUUCAUCAAAAUCAGCAGCCGCAUAAUCACUAUCAAUCUCCCGGUCUCCAUAUAUUUCGUAGCUCGGCAUCUCGAAGAAGUCAAUGCCAUUCACCAGCACUCAAUUCACACUCUCAUUUCAGAUUGGGGCAUAAUUUGAACUCCUCUCUCCAUCAGGCAUCCUUUUUGCAUCACCAGAAGACGGCUUAUCAAUCUUUCUUUGCUAGUGGUGAGUCACAAGAAAUAUUUUAUUUUUUCAAAAGAGACUUCAUUUUACCUCAGUUCUUUUUAUCUCGAUAUGAUGCCCGAAUUUUUCAGUUAUAG